UACGCUAAGAACCUUUUUUGAAUUUUGCGCUUUGAAACAGGCAUGGCAAAUGCGCGCUUCCCAAGACUUUCAUGACAAAGGCUUGAAUUUUUUAUUCGAUGCUGUAAAUAAUGAUUUGUAAUGAAAUCUGUUUUCGCAAGUUCACGAUAAAUGAUAAAUGAAAUUCCCGCUUUUUCGCAAAUCUAAAAAACGCAAGAUAGAAUCAUGCUUUGUGGCAGCUGCGAAGGUUUCUGCCCGGUCACUGGAAGGGUCGCUGUGAAGGAGCUUAGUUUGAUCGGCUUUGAUCACGUGCCCCUCGAAUCCAACAAAUGCACGCUUGAUCGAUUCAGUUUUUAGAAACUGCUCAAGACCAUCUAAGUUUCCACGCAAAACAACUUGUUAGCUGAUUUUUGGUGGCCUAAUACAGCGCAGAGUAGUCAUUCAAAUCUUAUCAAUUCGCUUGCAUGUCCAGGGAACACGGAAGUAAGGAAAUCAGUCAAAUUAUGACACACUGACAAGAAUUAAUGAGAAGUAAUUGUUAUGGUCGCGAGUUCUCUACGGGAGAUUCUGCAAACUACGACCAUAUUGGGAAUUGAUUUGAUUAUCAAGAUUGUGAAGAUUGCACGCAGCCAAGUCAGUCAACCUAAAAUUCUCAAAAUCGGGAGAUUCUAGAUUUCACCAAAGAAAGACAGCAAGAAUGAUGUUUCCAUGACAACCCAUGCAUGUAUAACCAGUCCAUCUUGAUGUAUAUCAGUCAAGCUAGUGAUGGGUGAACCUGCACAUUCAAGAAAUGUUGGCAAGGAAAAUGCGAUGAUGUCACAGGAGAUUCAUAAAAAUGACAACCAAUGCUCACCAAUCAUUAUUUCUACAAAACUGACAAGUCCUGUCACUUCAAACAAAGUUAAAAAAUCAAAAAAGAAAGGUGUUUUCUUAUCAUAUUCCUGCAAAGCACCAUAUGAAGAACGAAAAUUUGUUAUUGAACUUUCAAAACAGUUAAAUGAAAUAGGCAUGCACGAUGAUGUUUGGUUUGAUAGAGAUGUCCUGCAAGGUAGCAUUAUGGGACCAUUUCUUAUUAGCAGUCGUCUUGAGGUUGCAGAAAAAUGUAGGGCAGCAAUUAUUGUGUUAUCAGAAAGCUAUUUUGUUUCUCAUCAAACAAGAAGUGAAGGAGAAAUUUUCCUUGAGAGAAUUGCAAUGUAUCAAGAUGCACCAGAUAUCGUCCAGCAGCCUAUCAGACUGCUAGUUGUGAAAUUCAGUGAUUGGUUCAGUGGAGCAGAUGAUGGACUCUCAAGUUUAUCUGAAAGCAUUGCAGUGAAUUUGAGUGUUGGAAAGAUAUCAAGACUUUCAGAAGCAGAAAAAGUUUCCAUGUUUAUAUCAGUACUGAAUAAGGAAUUGGAAGAAAUUUCAAAUGGAUUUUCGAUUAAAAUACCCAAAACUAUAGACGACAUCAGUACUUUGAUUGAAUACAAGACAAAACCACUGUUGGCCUGGACUGUCAAAGAUGUUCAGGAUUGGUUAGCUUCUUUGAAAAUCCAUGAAAAGUAUAUCAUAUCGUUUGAAGAAUUUGAAAUAGAUGGAUUUCUUCUACAAUCAGUAACAGAUGACAUAUUAUCUAAUAUUCUGGCAGUUGACAGUCAAAUAUGCAGGCGAAAAAUCCUGCAGAAAGUUAAAUUUAUAAUAGAUGAAGAAAUUCAGACAGGAAGAUUUGAUGAGUGGUCGAAGAAAAGGACAAUAAGAAGUAAAGCUAAUAGUGUCUACUUGAUUCAUGAUCCUGAUGAUGCUGAGCUUAGCAAUCUUGUGAAACUUGAUUUAGAGCAGAAAAAACUACAGGUACUCUCUCAUAGCAAACUAGGCCAGUCUAAAGAGGAAUUCUUGAAGGCAAAUGCACAUUCAAUCGCUUCAUCUUCACGCGUGAUAUUUCUCUUCACAAGCCGAGGUGCCAACUCGCCGUUCGCUUUCUACGAGACAGUAUUCGCGGUCUGGCUAGGAAGGCCAUUGAUCGUAGCUGUUUUUGAAAACUGCUUUGAUAAGGUGAAACUUUCGCUGUCUGCUAUUUUGUCAGAUGUUCCAGCGAUAGAUUUUGCCUCAACCCUGUACUUGGAUGGCCUUGAUUUGCUGGUAAACGAAAUCAUGCCACCAAGGGCUGUAUCGGGUGUUGUGUUCGAACAGAAGUACUUGAAGCGUGUUGCUGAAGGUGUCUGCCAGUUCAGAGAAAUUGCAGGUCGAUACGGCACACCGAAAGAUAUUCAUGAGCAAGUACAAACACCAGUGUCGACAUCAACGAAAUCAGGCCUAAAUUUAGACGUGCCUAAAGUGUUCGUUAGUUACCAAUGGGACCACCAAUCGAGAGUUAAAACUAUAAUAAAUAGCUUAAAAGCUGCAAGUUUCAGAUGUUGGUCUGAUUUGGACCGUGUAGCGAGAAGACCUGUCACUCAAAGUUUGCCACGAACAACCCCGUUGGGGACUUCAAGAAUGAGUGCUCAUGACAACCUGGCCAACGAAAUAGAGAAAAACAUCAAAGAUUCCUGUGUCGUGGUAAUUUGUGUGAGCCCCAGUUAUCUACAGAGUGCAAAUUGCCUUAAGGAGGUGAGUACUGCUGCAUUUUACAACAAGCCUAUAAUUGCUGUUCUCUUGCGAUGGCUUGCCUGGCCCCCAGACUCUGUAUCCUACACCAUGCGAAGGAUAUUUGCUGCUGUCAAGUGCGUCGAUCUUAGCAACGACAAACUCUUUGCUAGAAAUCUUCCGUCUCUGACGUCACAUAUUUUGCGCGUAACUCAGAUGAAGCUGGAUUGAUGAUUUUGUUGUAGAAGCUUAUGCCACCCAAAUAAAUUUGCCCUAAAUAUAGAGCAAAUCUGUUAACUUUACAAAUGCAAAUCUUGAAGAUGGUGCAUAUUGUCACUUGGAUGUAUAGAUUAAAUUCUAAUGUUGAUACAAGGCCUAGAAGCUCAGCCCACUGGCUAAAUCGAAGGUUCCUCUCUGCCCCUUUGUUAUUUACACCGAGACUUUCUAUCCCACAAUGCUAAGCUAUCACCAAGCCUCGUAGCUCUAUUGAAACUUUUAUCAGAAUCACAAACAUUUUCUAUAGUGGAUCUUCAGAUAUUUUUAUUGGUUUAGUCCUGUUAAUAUAGACCAAUAGCCUUUCAAUGUCAUACUACAAUUGACAAUAACCACACCACCCCCUCAAAAUUGUCACUGCUGCUCGACCUUCAAUCUAAGUUAAAGCAGCUCCUGUCACUGAAUUAAUUUUUUUCAACCCCUCUUCCUUUAAAGAUGAUACUCUAUGCGAAAUAUUUCAACUACAUAUGAAACUAUGAAUCCCGAGUAAUUUUGAUACCCUUUUUGCCCCCAUUUGGAUAUCUCGCUCUUUUUCACCUUUCUUCUUAAACCUUCAUUCCAAGUAUUUCAUAUGGAUCUAAAUAUGCGAAAAGCAGUAAACCAUAUGUAGUUCAGAUGUUGUCCCAGUUUUCUUUUGAGAAUUCAACGCUGUAAUAAACACUAAAUGAUUGUAAAUAAACACUCGCGUAAUUAAGCAUUUUCAUUGCUGUUUCAAAUUUUUAAAAAUAAAUUUUAGCUUGUAAAUCAGAACUGUACAUUUUCAUGUUCAGGGGAAAAUUGAUUAUUUAUUCAAAUUACAGAUAUGAUUUUUAAACAUAUUUUAUAAGUCGGAAUUUUGAAAUUGUACUUUAUUGUUCGUGUGAUUUAAGAUGCUCAUUGAAUUCUUUUAAUUUUUGUAAAAUAUCAUUGGGAAAUUCGAAUUUAUUGAUUUAUAAAUUUUUCUUCUAA